UGUCAAAGUCACCGGGAACAGGAAUCGUGUAAAUUCAACUUGCAGAGCAUCUCGGCGGUGAACUUCGAUCAACAUCUCCCGCAUAGCGCUUAACAGAAUAUUGCAAUCAAUUCCUCUAAUAUGCCCCGUGAAAUCCUCAUUACGGGCCGGUGUGACGUCAGGUGUCCUAAAGUGAGGCGACAGUUACGUGCUGAAGUCGCCAAGAGACCUUGGUUGGUGGACGAGUUCUUUCCGCAGCGGAAGGCCGCGGACCUCCGAUUUCCGCGAGAUCCCGAGAUCCGGAGAGACACGCCGAGACGAGACGAACCGGAACGUGUGGUUAAACCAGCGAUUAUUCGGGAAGCAAGAAUUGUGCAAGAAACCCCAGUCGUUCGGGAACCGAUCGUCAUCAAACCGGAUGACUGGGAAAUCGAUUUUGCAGAGGAAAGGGAGCUGGUUGUCGAGAGAACUACGAUAGAAGACGGGAUUGUCGAGGACAAAAUCGACCGGAAGACAUUGAAGCCAGUGAAACUAGAGGAAACAGAUCGUCAGAAUGAAACUGUCGACAUAGUCGAGACGAGACCGCCAGUGGUGGUCGAUAAAACUAUAAUAGAACGAACGAAGGAAGUUCCAGUGGUGGUCGGUAAAACUAUAAUAGAACCAACGAAGAAAGUUCCAGUCAUGCCUGAGAGAGCCGAGACUAUCGAGGUUGGUCGGACGACAGCCGAAAAAUUCGAACCAGUGGCGAUUGCGGAGCCCCGAGAGAAGAAGACGGAUGACGAUUACGACGAAUUUAUCGACGAAGAGUUGCGGAAGACUCUGCCCAUCGCGACCGCGGAACAGAUUCCGGAUGAAGAAGUGGUGGAGACGGUGCGUCGGGAGGAGACUCCUGUCAAGAAGGCGAAAAUCAAUCGCGUGGAACGUCGAGUCGGCGAGGAGGAAGACGGAAAAGCGGCUCCCUCGAUGGUGGUGGAAACUGUGUCGCGUGAACCCGCGCGUCCAUCCGCGCCUUCGAAGGACACCUGCGACGAUACGUGCCCGGUGAUGGGCGAGCAAAGAGGCGAGCUAUUUAACUCUCACCCCCGAAGCGUUCCUCCCAGGAGGAAACGCGUCACACUAGUAUUGAUCUUCCCUCCCGCGUAUAUAUAUAUCGUUUUACAGUGGCCCGAUUCGCCGAAAUUUACAGAACGCGUCAUGCGUAAAUUGGAGGCACGGCAGAGGAUCGUGGAUCAUUAUUAUCUGACGAGGGGCUUCAGCUAUCUCGAGGACGUGUGCACGUGCUCGUUGGCCUGCGUGCUGUACACCCUGAGCAGAGACCAGUUCGUGAGGAGCGUAUUCGCGUCUCUCGCUUUGUUCGCGGUCGGACUGAAGCUCUGCUCCGAGCUGGACGCAUGGGAGAUGCCGAGUCGCGUUUCAUAAAGCCGAACAUUGACGUCGGUCUCAUCGUAGUCGAGAGACUCUCUUUAUCAUGAAAUAUCUCGAAGCAGAGACCGGGGGCAACUUUAACGGCGAUGUCAUUUUUGGGGAACGUUUUAUCCAACGCUCGAUCUGUUUUCUCCUGCGGAAGAGAGAUUUCUGUUUCUUUCGGGAUGCAGACGUGCUGGUUGAAAUUUUACGUAUGAUUAUAUGUAAGUCG